AUCUUAUGUAGACGAGCAAACAUUUUUUGCUACACCUUAAAAGACAAUACAUGCUACAUACGAGAUGGGAAGAAGCGAACUGGUCCUCAUCUACGUCUCUUUGAUCAUCACACAGCUCGUUGUCGUCUUCAGCGACGAUAUUGAUUAUACUCUUCUCCACGAUGAUAUGAGAAAAUUAGGCGAAAAAACCGGGAUACGGAAAAAAUGCCUCGCUGAAAACAGCGAUGUAACAGUCAGUAUGCUAGAGCAAGCGGAACUAGGUGAAUUUCCAGACAAUAAUAAUCUGGCUUGUUACUUCAAAUGCGUAGUAGAGAAGGCGGGACUGAUGAAGAAAGACGGCAAAAUCAACUUCAAGCUCUUGCUGAAGAUGAUACCGACGCCUUAUAAGAAGAUCGCAAAUGACAUGUUCGAGGAGUGUCUUAACAUAGAAGGAAGCGAUAAUUGCGAAAAAGCUUACAACUUGAACAAGUGCUUGCACAAGGCGAAUCCUGUGGCGUACUUCGUCAUCUGAAAUGCCGACGAUGUGCACAGCAUUAGUAAGAGCUUCGAAUAUCAUUUAUAAAUCUCCGUUGAGAAAAUAAAGCACUUGACAAUCAUGA